GGGAAAGGGGAAGGAAAAGGGUUGCUUGACUUUCUUUCUGUGCCUCGGGUUUCCUGUCCUCGGCACUGGCAGCAUUUCGCACUCUUGCCCCCGACAUCUGCAGCAACAGGAACUGAUGAAGCCUCUCAGGGCUGCAUCUUGAGUCUCAGAUGUCCCCCUGGCUAUAGGAUGAAUCCAUUUCUCCUUCGGCUUCCGGCCAUCCCAGGGCACAGCCGGGCUCAGGGCGGCCCCCUCUGGGCAGUGACAGAUGAGGUCCUUAGGUGGCUCAGAGGACCAUGCAACGAUUUGGUGCGCCUAGGGCGGGCCAUUGACUCUGUUUGAGAAGGUCUCCUUGGAGACGUGUCGCGGAGUCCAAUGGGAGUGCACCGACGUCCCGAGCAGAGUGAAACCCGGGGAGGCGAGAGCGCCGCCCCGCGCCGGUCCCAGAAGAGGAAGAGCCCUUGUUCUGAGAGGUCCCCGGGCAGAGACGCGCCUGCAGCUCCAGCCCUGCCUUAGGGCGAUGCCCAGUGCAGAGCUGGCCGGCCGGUCGGGUCCUGAGCAGCGUGAGUUCUGAGUAGUCUCCCUGAAGUUAGUCUGGCGACACCAGAGCCACAGCCCCUCCGGACCCCUAUGUCCCAUUUCUGGCCUGCGUGGAAACAGGUUAUGAUGACGUCAGACAUUGCUAAAGACAGAACGACUCAUUUACUGAAGAAAAAGGGCAGUGUGUCUUCUCUAAGUAGUCAUGAGUUCAGGCGGAAGGAACCUCACGGCCGCCCCAAAGACUCUGUGAGUACAGUCUCUUAUAUGGAUGAACCUAGCCAGCGUGAAGAUGCCUCUCGCCUCAUAGUUCAGAUGGAAAAUACCUAUCAGUUGGGUCCUACCAAACAUUUUCCUGUGGUUAUCGUCGAUCACAUUCUGAAAGAUGUGUUAACUAACUACCUACAAGAAGAACGAUAUGAACCAGAGUUCUGUAAACAGAUGACCAAGACGAUUUCUGAGGUUAUUAAAGCCCAGGUCAAGGACUUGAUGAUUCCACGGUAUAAGCUAAUUGUGGUGGUUCAUAUUGGACAACUGAAUAGCCAGAGCCUACUCAUUGCAAGCAGAUGCCUCUGGGAUCCUAAAAAUGAUAAUUUUUCAUCAUACCUUUUCAGAAAUUCUUCUCUCUUUGCCCUUGCAAAUGUCUAUUCAGUUUACUUGGAGUGAUGGAUAACCAGACAUCUAGUCCUUACUUUUUAAAUCAAGAAAUAGACUAUAUCUAUGUACACGAGUUUCACUGCUCAAGUGUUUGAGAAAGAAACAACACUAAUAUUUCAAACAACUAAGAGCUUCGGGAAUUUUUCAUACUCUUGUCAGAAUUGGUGAAGGGAAAGUGGCACGAGAAAGAAUUUUGUUUAUCCAAAGAAGGAACUAAGUCUUUGUUCUGCUGGAUUGUUUUUCAUAGACAUAGAUUCUUAUUAAAUAUUACUUUGGGUACUAAUUAUUUUAAUUACUCUUUAGAUGGAGAGUUGGAAUUCCAUGCUUUUUGUUUGUUUGUUUUUGUUUUUAUCUUUUUAGGGCCAUACCUGUGGCACUUGGAGGUUCC